AUGGACGUGGACUUGGACGUGGACAUGGACGUGGACGUGGACGUGGACAUGGACGUGGACGUGGACAUGGACGUGGACGUGGACGUGGACGUGGACGUGGACGUGGACGUGGACAUGGACGUGGACAUGGACGUGGACAUGGACGUGGACGUGGACGUGGACGUGGACGUGGACGUGGACGUGGACGUGGACAUGGACGUGGACGUGGACAUGGACGUGGACGUGGACGUGGACGUGGACGUGGACGUGGACGUGGACGUGGAAUGGACGUGGACGUGGACGUGGACGUGGACGUGGACGUGGACGUGGACGUGGACGUGGACGUGGACGUGGACAUGGACGUGGACGUGGACGUGGACUGUGACGUGGACAUGGACGUGGACAUGGACGGGACGUGGACAUGGACGUGGACGUGGACGUGGACGUGGGACGUGGACGUGGACGUGGAAUGGACGUGGACGUGGACGUGGAAUGGACGUGGACGUGGACGUGGACGUGGACAUGGACGUGGACGUGGACAUGGACGUGGACGUGGACGUGGACGUGGACGUGGACGUGGACGUGGACGUGGACGUGGACGUGGACGUGGACAUGGACGUGGACAUGGACGUGGACAUGGACGUGGACGUGGACAUGGACGUGGACGUGGACAUGGACGUGGACGUGGACGUGGACGUGGACGUGGACGUGGACAUGGACGUGGACGUGGACGUGGACGUGGACGUGGACAUGGAAUGGACGUGGACGUGGACGUGGACUGGACGUGGACAUGGACGUGGACGUGGACGUGGACAUGGACGUGGACGUGGACGUGGACGUGGACGUGGAAAUGAACAUGGACGUGGACGUGGACGUGGACAUGGACAUGGACGUGGACGUGGACGUGGACGUGGACGUGGACGUGGACGUGGACGUGGACGUGACGUGGACGUGGACGUGGACGUGGACAUGGACGUGGACGUGGACGUGGACGUGGACGUGGACGUGGACGUGGACAUGGACGUGGACGUGACAUGGACGUGGACGUGGACGUGGACGUGGACGUGGACUGGACGGACGUGGACGUGGACGUGGACAUGGACGUGGACGUGGACAUGGACGUGGACGUGCGUGGACGUGGACGUGGACGUGGACGUGGACAUGGACGUGGACGUGGACGUGGACGUGGACAUGGACGUGGACGUGGACAUGGACGUGGACGUGGACGUGGACAUGGACGUGGACGUGGACGUGGACUGGACGUGGACGUGGACGUGGACGUGGACGUGGGAGGACGUGGACGUGGACGUGGACGUGACGUGGACAUGGACGUGGACGUGGACGUGGACGUGGACGUGGACGUGGACGUGGACGUGGACUGGACGUGGACGUGGACGUGGACGUGGACAUGGACGUGGACGUGGACGUGGACGUGGACAUGGACGUGGACGUGGACGUGGACGUGGACGUGGACAUGGACAUGGACGUGGACGUGGACGUGGACGUGGACGUGGACGUGGACGUGGACGUGGACAUGGACGUGGACAUGGACGUGGACAUGGAGUGGACGUGGAGUGGACGUGGACGUGGACGUGGACGUGGACGUGGACGUGGACGUGGACGUGGACGUGGACGUGGACGUGGACGUGGACGUGGACGUGGACAUGGACGUGGACGUGGACGUGGACGUGGACAUGGACGUGGACGUGGACGUGGUGA